GUUGCAGUUUCCUUCAGGGUUAGUUUUGACCGCAUUUCGUACAGAGCAUCUCAACAUGGUGCCUCAGCCGCACAUCAUGCUCGACGUGGUACGGAAUGCUCGACGUUCCGUGUUCAUGCUCUGCGGAACACGGAACAUGGUUAUGCAGGGUCAGGUUCGCGAGGUUUGCAUCACCGUGGGGGACCCCGCCCGCGCACUCAAGAUGGCCGAGAUGUGUGAGCAGCACAAGGAGCUGGCGUACAACCGCGAGUACAGGUGACCAACACCGAGAUGGGUGGUGCGCAUAGAGAGGCCCUGCAUGAACAUGCCUGCAUGGGAUGGUUAGCUGAGCUGAUGUCGGUGCACGUGCGUAUGAUGCAUGCGUGCGUGUGUUGGUUCUCAGAUCGUUUGACGUGAAGCACAAGGGCAAGGCGUUCACCAUCAUCAGUCAUGGCGUUGGCGCCUCGGGCGCGUGCAUCUGCUUCGAGGAGCUCAUCAAAUGCGGGGCCAAGGUGCGCUUCACAACAGACGCACGUGGUGGUGGGUGGGUGGGUGCGCAUGCAUGCACACAUACAUGCGCAUGUGCUGCGUGGGGCGUGCGUGUGCAGGUGAUCAUGCGUGCGGGGACGUGUGGGAGCCUCAUGCCCGACAAGUACGGGCAGGUAAGCAGUGCGAAACAGAUCCAGAGAUGUGCCGAGACACGCGCACCUGUUCAAGUGUGUAUGAUGCAUGGGCCUUCAGGGCGAUUUGAUCAUCUGCACCGGCGGCGUGCGCGACGAGGGCACCUCCGAGCGCAUGAUCCCCAUGAGUACACACAUGCACACUUCGACACAUGUACGUACACGUAUGUGAGGGUUUUGACCUGAUUGUGUAGGUUACCCUGCCGUGGCCGAUGCGGAGAACGUGUUGUUGCUGGAGCAAGUCAUCAAGGAACAGGGUAUGCACACCUGAGGGUGUGGACGCGACCCAUUCGUGCAUGCGGUUGUGCACAGGUGCCAAGUACGCCAAGGGGCUGAUGUUGUCGUCGGACGUGUUCUACCCCGUCAUAGCACCGACCAACUACGAAAUGUGGGCCAAGGUAAGGACGCUCCCGCUGCAUUCAUACCACCCAUGGGUGCCUGUUCUUGCGUAUCGGUGUGGUGUUCACAUCCGUGUAUGGCUGUUGUGGUGCCAGGCCAAUGUGAUAGGCAUUGAGAUGGAGGUGUCGGCCCUCUUCGUGCUCUGCCAGAUCAGGUGAACCACAGACAAAGAUUCGGUUCGCGUGUAUGUAGGGCUGCACUCUCAUGCGUAUGAGUGUUCAGGGGCUGCGCUGGCGUGGGUCUCUGCACCAUCGAUGGCUCGCCACUCAAAUGGGACUCGGUAUGCGUACGGGGCGCACAGGCCUCACCCAGCGUGUACGUGAGUUUCGCAUGCAUUGUGCUUCAGGGCGACUACGACCCCCACGGCACCAAGGUGGCCGAGGGCAAGAAGCGCAUGCUCGAGGCUGCCAUCGAGUGGGCCUCCCGCGCCUCCAAGCAGACAUAGACAACUAACACAACACACACUCGUAGAUACUAUCGAUGCCUCACCACACAUGCAUAGACACAUCCAUGGGACUUGUGUGCACCAUACACAUCCCAUACACAUCCCGCGCAUCCCGCGACGGAGGGGAGGGUUAGUAAGAAGAGGGAGUGGGAGAGAGUUCACACAUACACACCAUGCAACACCAUCCAUACCCAACACGAGGAUUUCUCCGUAGGACCUUUCUUGGGCGGAUGCAGUAGGGGGCGUUGUGUUGUUUCUUUUCCGUCUGCUUUGCUCGCCUGGCUGCCGUGUCUUGUGAGUGACAUUUGGGGGGCGCUCCGUGGCCUACAUAUGUUGUCACUCACAUACGCUAUAUAGUGUGCACCCGUAUGUUAUGUGUAUAUACGUAACAUAUAUAUGUAUGCCUGAGUGUGUGUGGUUUUCAAUGGAAUGGCUGUGACGGGAACGGAAAAGGACAAACAAAAGGAAAUUUUCCUUCGAGUUUGACGUCGUACAAAACACGUCUUGAGCUCCCCGCCCUACCUCCCCUCCUGUAUGUACGCAUUCCCGUCUUUCCUGAAUGCCUCCCAUCCCAGCUUAUGGACAGAGGACUUGGAGUAGAUUCAAUAUAUUGGAGGACUUGAGCCACGUAUUGAAUGCCUCUUGCGGC